CUCUAUCUAUUCUCACAGGAAAUAAUCUCACCGAUCAAUACUUUCAGUACAGAAAAUAAUCUACUGUUACCUUUGACUCGUAUCUGUGUACAUUUUUGAAAUAUAUUUAACGGUUCUUCCAUUUAAAGUGGCAUCUCAUAGAACGCGUUUAUCGUGGAGCAUUUGCAUAUACACAUAAAUAAAGGUCAUGGAUUACUCACACAACGACAUAAACUCUUCAACUAAUUAUGACGACGAGUCCCACGUGCGACAAAGACGGGUAGAUUUGGAGGAUGUCGAUCACUCGGAUGCUGGGGUGUACAAGGAGUUGGAGCGACUCCGAGGUCUGGUCGAUGUUAUCGAGGGGGAGAGAAGUGGGGGACGACAUGGAGGAGGAAUUGCCUCUUGUUUUCCAAUGACUGUGGACAAUAACGUUAUGUCAACCGUAUUCGGUCUCGUCUUUUUUACCAUCAUCACUGUCACUGUGUACGCGUUCCACAACCUUUUCAGAGCUAUUUCCAAACGGUUUUUCGAGGAAAGGGAAUCAGUUUAGACGGAGGAUGGCAUUCACCGACAACCCGGUGAUGAAGUCUCUUUGGAAAAUGUUGUCUUUGUAAUUGCAAAAUUUUUGCUCACUUUGAAUCAGUUGGAGUUUAAAUUCUCAUAAAAAGCUAAGACGUCCUGACAUAUUACGUAAUUGUGCAAAUUCCAAAAUAAACAUCAAAGCUGUGGAAAAUGUAAUUUUGUGGGACUUUUUUUGCAAUUACAUUGAACAUUAAACUAAGAUUGAAAUAGAUUUAUAGAAUUGUAAUGUAAUUGUAACGACAAAGUUGCUAACACUAAUCCUAAAACUAUUUGGACCAAUAAAUAUUUAUAUAAAAAUCAUUGUACAUA